AUGUCGAAAGCAAAGCAAACUGUUCCCCUUUCGCAACUUGUCGAUCACGCAACGAAUCAGAUUCAUCCCCAACCGAGUGUGAAGUCAUUUGCAACGCUCAGUAAAAUAGCGUCGACCAUUCCGAAUGCUCAGAUAGCACUUCGCGUUCAACUGAUUAGUAAAAUGAAAGCUUAUUGUAAUGGAUUUCUUCCAAAGAAAGAGAUGUAUUAUUGUUUAUGUUUAAUGGAUUAUUUAGUUGAGAACUGCCCCGAAUUCAGAAAACAAGUUCUUCAUGAGGACUUCAUCGCACUCUUCGAGCGUUCCGCAGACUUUGACAAAUCAAAGAAAUCGAAGAAGCCGGGAAUGGUGACGGAGAAAUCGUUGCAAAUCCUUCAGUCGUGGGGGAAUAAUUACACGAACGAAUUGUUUAACUACGAAGUCAUGUACAAUAAGUAUGUCGAAAAGGGGAUUGUCUUUCCUCCACCGAUUGUACGGAAAGAUACUCACCUGGAACAACAGGAAUCAACUUUACAACAAAUCAAUGACAUCGUUGCGGAGAUAGAAGAAUGUUCCGAACUCAUCCAAGACACCCUUGAGAAAGAGGAAAAUACAGUCAACGAACAAUCAGCAAAAUCAAUGCAUAAAAGAGCAGUCGAACUCAAUUCAAGAUUCAAUGUCUUGUUUGUCAAAUUCAUCGACACAGCUCAAGAGUCAAGUGACGUCCAAAAGUACUCCGAGAUCGAAUCAAACUUUACUAAUUUGAUUGUACAACUCGCAAGUAUUAUUAAUAACCCGAAAAAGGAAAUCUAUCGUACAUUCACGACAGGUCACAUCUUGGAAGAUAACACACCAAAACAAGACAAUGGAAGUAACGCCCCAAUCAUCGAAAGACUCAUCUCUCAAGAAAAUUUAAAUACUCAACAACAACAAAGACCAACAGGCGUUAGAGGAGCUAUACACUUGGCUCCACCACCAUCUAAAGGACAACCUUUGAGAAUCUCAAGAAAGAACACCGACAUCUCCGACGGGCAAAUCACUCAACAGUCGAAACUGUCCACGAACGCAUUUGUUUUCGAGACUAACCAAUUCCCGAAAAAAGAAGAGGGAGCCGCGAAAAGAACAAUCCACGACGACACUGAAGUGAUCAAUCAACUCAAAAGCAUUUUGUAG